AUAUUUUGGUCGCAGGAGCGCUACUUCUUCUUGUUUGACCAUCAGCUUGUAUACUGCAAGAAGGAUUUGCUAAAGAAGAAAAGUUUUGGCUACCGGGGUCGUAUUUACCUCGACCAUGUUGAAAUUAUCCCCAUAGAGGAUGGUAAAGAUUCUCAGUACAACGUGACGGUGCGCAAUGCGUGGAAGAUUCACGAGACUCGUAGAGACAAGUGGUACCUACUCGUCGCGAAGACGUCGCAGAUCAAACAACGAUGGUUGAAAGCGUUCCAGGAUGAGCGACGGAGAGUGCGUGAAGAUUUGGAAAAUGAUUUCAAUAUUCCUGCCCAUGUGAAACAGAGAGCUAUAAAUCAUCUGAAACAGAAAAAUAAUCCCAAGCCAAAAGGUACGAGUUGUAGAAUGAUACAACUGUUUGAUAUUUUGUUGAUGAAUAAAAUCAACGGCUUUCUAAAACAUGCUUAUCAAAGUUGGUGAAUAAUCUAACAAAAUCUUAAAUAUUUAUUAAUGUAAACAGACAU